CUAGUAAGCCGUACAGCAGACCAAUCAAAAUUAGACAACACUUUUGAAUGAUACCGUCCUGCUAUUUCAUUGCCUCAAAUCUCACCUCCCUUCCUAUAUAUUCCAUCUUUCCUUUUAUAGAUUUCACUCUUUGUCUAUCUAGCUUGUAGCUUCCCCUCAUCCAUCUAUAUAUAUCUUUCUUCUUCACAAGCUAUAGCAUAAGAGAGAAGAAUCUUCAAGAAUGGGCAGGGGCAAAGUACAGUUGAAGAGGAUAGAGAACAAGAUAAACAGACAAGUUACUUUCUCAAAGAGAAGAUCUGGUUUACUCAAAAAAGCCCAUGAAAUCUCUGUUCUUUGUGAUGCUGAGGUUGCUCUCAUUGUUUUCUCUACCAAAGGCAAACUUUCUGAAUUUUCCACGGAUUCUUGCAUGGAAAGGAUUCUUGAACGAUACGAUAGAUAUUCAACAACAGAUGGGCAACUUGUUGCUACUGAUUCUAUAUCACAGGGAAGUUGGAUUUUAGAGCAUGCAAAGCUUAAGGCGAAAAUAGAAGUUUUACAGAAAAAUCAAAGGCAUUACAUGGGUGAGGACCUAGAGUCUUUAAGUCUUAAGGAGCUUCAAAAUUUGGAAAACCAGCUCGAUUCAGCUCUUAAACACCUUCGAUCAAAAAAGAAUCAAAUCAUGUUCGAGUCGAUAUCUCAACUUCAGAAGACGGACAAGGCUUUACAGGAUAAAAAUCACAUGAUGUCAAAGAAGAUCAAGAACAAGGAAAAAGAGCUAGCUCAACCGAGUCCCCUGGAGCAACAAAACCAAGAGACUUCAUCUUUUGUUUUGCAAAAAACAUUGCAACCAUUCAAUGUCACCGGUGAUGUAUUCCAAGCCGUAGGCAACAGCGGAGAUGUGGAAGGGACUUCUCAACAACAAAACCAAACUAACACAAUGAUUCCAGCUUGGAUGCUCACGUAAGUUGAUGAAUAAGGGCCUUUGGCAAAUAACUGGCAACUGGAAGAUGCCAUCUACAAAAAUAUUUUUAUCUGUGUAAGUACUUUGUAUGCUAAUUUAAUGCAGGAAUGGAAAAAGUUAUACCUCAUCCUCAUCCUUUUGUUUUUGUGUAAUUGGAAGGUUUUGUUAAGACGGAUUUAGUUUUGUGUGCAAUAUACUUACUGAUGGGUGCAUUUUGUACAUAUAAUUGAAGUGUAAGCUGAUAUGAUGCAAUUUCAGGUCAAUAUUUAUCAUAUAUUCUAUA